AUGGCGAACGUGCACAAGAUCACCCUUGUUCUCAUGUUCUGCCUGCUAGCGUUGGGGAGAGCAGAGUACCUCAAGUACAAGGAUCCGAAGCAGCCUAUCGCUGUUCGCGUCAAGGAUCUGCUGAGUCGGAUGACUCUUGCUGAAAAGAUUGGCCAGAUGACCCAGAUUGAGAGGGAAAAUGCCACAGCCGACGCACUGGCGAAAUACUUCAUAGGUAGCGUACUGAGUGGCGGAGGCAGUGUGCCUUCUCCUCAAGCAUCUGCUGAGGCUUGGGCCUCCAUGGUGACUGAGAUGCAGAAGGGCGCUCUUUCUACACGUCUAGGUAUCCCGAUCAUCUACGGUAUUGAUGCCGUGCAUGGUCACAAUAACGUCUACAAAGCUACUAUUUUCCCUCACAACGUUGGGCUUGGAGCUACCAGGGACCCUGACCUCGUUAAGAGAAUUGGAGAAGCAACUGCUCUUGAAGUUAGAGCUACUGGAAUUCCUUAUGUCUUUGCUCCCUGUAUUGCGGUUUGUAGAGAUCCAAGAUGGGGACGCUGCUAUGAGAGCUAUAGUGAGGACCCAAAGGUUGUCCAGUCAUUGACUUCACUCAUCUCUGGCUUGCAAGGCGAUGCUCCUGCGGAUUCCGUGGGAAGACCAUAUGUUGGUGGAAGUAAGAAGGUUGCUGCAUGCGCGAAGCACUAUGUUGGUGAUGGUGGAACGUAUAAGGGAAUCAACGAGAACAACACGAUCAUCAACACACAUGGACUGAUGAGCAUCCAUAUGCCUCCUUACUAUAACUCUAUUAUCCGAGGUGUCUCUACAGUCAUGGUCUCGUACUCCAGCUGGAAUGGAGAGAAGAUGCACGCAAACCAUUUCCUAGUCACAGAUUUUCUCAAGAACAAGCUCAAGUUUAGGGGUUUUGUGAUUUCCGACUGGGAGGGCAUUGAUCGGAUCACUAGUCCUCCUCAUGCCAACUAUUCUUAUUCAAUUGAGGCUGGAGUUGGUGCUGGUAUUGACAUGAUCAUGGUUCCAUUCAGAUACACAGAAUUCAUCGAUGAUCUCACGACACAAGUUCAGAACAAGGUCAUCCCCCUGAGCAGAAUCGACGACGCCGUUUACAGGAUCCUCCGUGUCAAGUUCACCAUGGGUCUAUUUGAGAAUCCUUACCCCGAUGCUAGCCUUGCGGGCGAACUCGGGAAGCAAGAACACCGGGAAUUGGCACGUGAAGCCGUCAGGAAGUCCCUGGUUCUUCUGAAGAACGGAAAGUCCGCACCGUUGCUGCCCCUCCCGAAGAAGGCUGGUAAGAUUUUGGUCGCUGGUAGCCACGCCAAUGACCUGGGCAACCAGUGCGGAGGAUGGACGAUCACAUGGCAAGGAAGCAGCGGCAACACCACUGCUGCCAUCACACCUGAGAUUCGUGACCAACAACGAACUAACUUGAGAUGGGAUGUGGAUGGAACAGGCACGACGAUCCUCUCCGGAAUCGAGGCCACCGUGGAUCCCAGCACGCAGGUGGUGUACUCAGAGAACCCGGACAGCAGCGUGCUCGCCGACAAGUACGACUACGCGAUCGUGGUGGUCGGGGAGCCGCCGUACGCGGAGACGUUCGGCGACAACCUGAACCUGACGAUCCCGGCGCCCGGGCCGAGCGUGAUCCAGUCGGUGUGCAAGGCCACCAAGUGCGUGGUGGUCCUCAUCUCCGGCAGGCCCCUGGUGGUGGAACCGUACCUGGGCGACAUGGACGCGUUCGUUGCGGCGUGGCUGCCGGGGUCGGAGGGGCAGGGCGUGGCGGACGCCCUGUUCGGCGACUACGGGUUCACGGGGAAGCUGUCGCGGACGUGGUUCAAGUCGGUGGACCAGCUGCCCAUGAACGUGGGCGACAAGCACUACGACCCGCUCUUCCCGUUCGGCUUCGGGCUCACCACCAAGGGCACGAAAUGA